AUGAAGACUCUGACUCUCCUCUCUAUCUGUGCCCUUCUGUCAGUGUGCUGGUCCAUGGGAGCUGUGGAACCAGAGGUUGUUGUCGACCCCGCUGCCGACACAACUGCUGAAGCUGCACCUUCUGACCCUGCAGCUGCCGCCCCCGAUGCAUCCUCCUCAUCCUCUGCUUCGGACUCUUCAUCCUCCUCCGAAUCCGAUUCAGCCUCAUCAUCUGCAUCGGAUUCCGACUCUUCCUCCGACUCUUCAGUAUCUGAUUCUGACUCAAGCUCUGAUUCAUCAGGCUCCGAUUCGUCCUCCUCCUCGGAAUCCUCUGAGUCCUCCUCAUCUGAGUCCAACUCUGACUCCUCAGCAUCCGACUCCUCUGCCUCUGAUUCUUCCUCUUCUUCUUCAUCCUCCUCAUCUUCAUCAGAGUCAGCCAGCACUGAGGCUUCUCCAGUGAUUAUGAAGAGAGACCUGGCUGCUGUUCUCCUGAGGAAAAGAAGAGCGACCCGAGCAGGAGAUCUGACCCCUCUGCAGCUGGAAAGCCUGAGGGAGGUGUGUGAACUGAACGUCGCCUGUGACGAGAUGGCUGACACUGCAGGCAUCGUUGCUGCAUACAUCGCCUACUAUGGACCCAUUCAGUUCUAA